GAUCCCCGGACAGUUGUGUUCAGUUCGUCCGAAGCGACGGUUACGGUUCGAUUUUGCCACCUAUUUAUAAAAAAAACUUUUUUUUCGGAACUUCCGAGAGUGAGUCUACAGAGGAAAGCAGCACAGAAUGAGCGCUCCAUCGGGAAUGUUGUCCAAUCUGGCCGAGGUGGUCAAGGAGGCCAAGGAUGAGGAGAUUCAGGUGCCCAAGUCCAAUGACUUCUUCGAGUCGAAGGCCUUCCGCCUGCUCACCCUGGUGCUCUACAUGGGCGGCGUUAGCGGCAUGGGUCUCACUUUGGCGGUCUACUACCUGUUCAUCUGGGACUCACGCAUGCCGCCGCUGCCCGUGUUCAAGCACACGCAUCCAAUUGGCUAGGAUCAGAUGGCCAGAAAAACAGCCGCCAGCCAUAUUGUUCUCCCAUCGACAUCAGUGACCAGAUUCGG